UCAAUUUUAACAUUGGAUAUGUCUCUGGCCACUCUUUCAGAGCUGGAAUUCCUUCCGUACUAGGAUCUCUCGGUUUUGAUGACCACGACAUCAAACAAGUCGGCAGAUGGUCCAGCAGGGCUUUUCAAACCUACCUCAAACUACCCAGGACUAAACGCCUGGCUAUGGCUACAGCCAUUGGCGGUCUACACCUUUAACACACUAGACCCAGCUGGUCACCUUUCGGAUAACGAUGAUUCAGCUUCGCUCACAGAUGUCGACCAAGACACCAACUCUUUAAUGGAUAAUCUCUUUAAUGAACUAGGCCAUGCUGCCGUACCUGCACGUCUGCUUACAGACCAACAAUUGCAACCCACUGACUGCGUUCAGUCUACCAGCUACACCCAAGACGCUUAUUCUAAUGCUGCCAACCUUGCCUCUGACAGUUCGUCAGGUUUAGCUGGCACAUCUUCUAACACUGUCACUUUGGACCCUAAUGUUCAGCAUUUCCUCGAUAUUUUCCGUACCUCACCUGGUUUGCCAGUAUCCAACAUUUCCACUAUUCCAGCUGUUUCCAGACCCAACCCAACUACCGUCUCCAGGCCAACUGUUAACUUACCUUCUCAGCCCAACUCUAGUCAGUCUAAUCCUUCUCAACUGGCACUUAUACAGGCACUGUCCAAAGUUACGGCGAAGAAACCUUCAAAAUCUAAGAAAUCUAAGAAAAAGAAGAAAAAGAGUUCACACUCUGCCUCUUCCUCUUCUUCAGAGUCGGCUAAUUCUAGCUCAGACAGCUCCAGCUCUGAAGAUGACGGUUCCAACUGGAGCCUCCUAAGAACUGUCUGGCCAGUAGAGAAGAGGCCCCCUGGCCUUCAGAACAAAGAUGCUUUUAAUGCUAUAGAUCUGGUCAACCUACUGUCUAUUGCCAAACUAGAACGCGAAAACUUGAAAGCUCUGGAUGGCGAUUUAACUUCUAGUUUCAUCCCUGAUAGGAAACCCAAGUCUACAUCUUUUAAGUCAGCCAAAGAUAACGGCUUCCAGCACCUACAUGAAGCUCGUUUUCUUCGUUACCCCCUGGCUAAAAUUGAUAAAUGGUGGAAGCUAGUCCCUAAAGUUAGAUCUCAUCAAUAUAAGAACUUGCCUCUCAAAUUUAGUGGAUCUAAUAACAAGUUAACUCAAAAAACAAUCCAAGGUCUUCACGACAGAACAAAGUCCCUGCAGUUCAAGCAUUUUCACUCUGCCAACGUCAAUGUGUCCACCAAACCAGUUAAAAAGAUUGAAAAACGUGAAGAAGAGGGGAUAGUCUCUACCUUGGACUACGCUUGGGAGAACCCUACCUCUAUUUCUCAAGUUGCAGAUACCCUUCUCAACUACACCACGGCCCUGCUCCACAUCUGGCCUUAUGACCAAACUGGACUCAUUCUGAUGAGAGUCGUCAACAAGUUUAAUUAUGCCUCUGCCGCUCCCAGCCUUUCAGACAGAGUUGCGAUCAUCACUGCAUUCUUCAAUCUGGUUCUCAGAGAAAAUGCCACCAGAGCUGUCAGAAGAGAUCUCAUCAUGGACUAUGAUGAACAAGUCGAAGCUUUCAAGAACAUCCUUACUUCAUCUGGAUUCAGCAGUUCAACUCCCUCUUCUUUCAGGAUUCCUAAGGUUGGUUCAGAUGGUUUUAAACCCAGACCAACAAUCAACAACCUCUCCAGGUCCAACUCUAGCACUGGGACCCUCAAACCUAAGAUUAACGUUGUACUCCACAACAAUGUUCCCAUUUGCUUUAAUUACAACUCUGGGUCAUGCAGGAAUCCACAGUCUACUCCAGGCUGUCGUGAUCCUAAGUCUGGUAAAGACUACGCACAUGUGUGCAACAGAUGGGUUCAGGCCAAAAAUUGCCUUUUAAAUUACCCCUAUAAAUUUACUACAGGCAAACACCCUUCCGGUGACCCCGUUUCUGUUUGUUACAGUACACGGUCUCAUCCUUCCUACUUCCUCUAUGGUCCUCACUUCCUCUCCUCUUCUCUACGGAAGUGCUGACAACUCAGGUAGCAUAUGUUCAUAAACUUUUAG